CGAGUUUCUGUUCUCUCACCCCCGCCGCCUCUGUUGACUGCCGUCUCACCGUUUCUUGCGACGUUCGCUUCUUGUUUUCUUCUUCUUUCAUCUUCUCGGCGUCCGUCUGUCUCAACCGACGAAGUCGCAGCGCAAAUGCCUGAGCACUCUGACGAUUUCUUCUUCCUAAAGAGUUUCUUCGUGAGAACCUCGACGUCGACUGCAACGGGGCCGGUGCCGCAAAACGCGUUUUCUGACCUUCUGUUCGCUGACAAACAAUUCUUUCAUCGCGAAAGAACAUCGCCUUCCCCGAGUUAAUUUUUUUGGUCAAAAUGGCGCUCGUUAACAUUCCGCGUGACCGGGAUGACCCGAACUACCGGUACAAGAUGCCCAAGUUGGUGUCGAAGAUCGAGGGACGCGGCAACGGAAUAAAAACAAACAUUUUCAACAUGGGAGAAAUCGCGAGGGCUCUGAAGCGCCCCCCCAUGUACCCCACGAAGUUCUUCGGCUGCGAGUUGGGGGCGAUGGCGAAGUUCGAAGAAGCUGAAGAGAAGGCGCUCGUCAACGGCGCCCACAAAGAGUCCGACCUCGUCAAUAUUCUUGAUAAGUUCAUUCAGAUGUACGUGUUGUGCCCGGGAUGCGAGCUGCCUGAGAUCGACUUGAUUGUGAAGAAGGGACUCCUCACAUGCAAGUGCAAUGCAUGCGGCUACCAAGGCUCUCUCGACAACGUUCACAAGGCGGCGACGUACAUGGUGAGAAAUCCGCCGGACGCAGGUUCGUCGACGAUGGGGAAGAAGAAGAAGUCGAAGGAAGAGCGCCGCGCAGAGAAGCAGGAGAAGCAAGCUCGGGAGGGAAAGGAGAAGAAGGAGAAAGAAAAGAAGAAGAAGAAGGCCGACUCGGACGACGACUCCGACGACGACGGCCAGAACGGGAAGGAAGCCUCUGGAGACGCCACGCCCACUCACGAUGCGGAGACAGACAGUUGGGAUGACGAAAAGACCGAGAAGGAAAAGCGGAAGGAGAAGAAGAAGAAGGACAAGAAGAAGUCCAGCGCACUCGAUUCGGAGAAGAAACUGAUGCACAAAGAGGCCCUCGUUUUUGACAGUCCCGAACUGAAAGAUGUGAUUGAGAGAUUGAGAAACGUCGUCACACGCAGUGAGACAGUCGACCUGGCUGCCUUCUUCCAUGAAAUGCGCAUGUUGCAAGUCUCCCAGGAUUUCGACUCCAAAUGUCGCAUCUACGUCACGCUUGCGGCGAUCUUCAACGACGACAUGACCCCGACUUCUUUGGAGGCGCGAAUGCCGUACAUCUUGAAGGUUCUCGACACCUCAGUGUCUGCAAGCGACGUGCUUGACGCAUUCGGUUUUUACUGUCAAGAGAAGGGUGGAACGGCAAUGACGAGCUUCCCGUACUGCCUCCAGAAGCUGUACAACGCGGAGGCGCUGGAAGCCGAAGACAUCCUCAAGUACUACGCUGCAGACAAGGAAGACCCGGUGUUCAGUGCAUGCAAGAAACAGGCCGAGCCGUUCCUCCAGUGGCUAGCUGAGGACGACGGAUCGAGCGAAGAAGAAGACUGA